CUUCAAGUCUUACUUACAAUUGGUAGCAAAAAAAGUUCCUAGCUUAAAAACCGACUAUUUCUAUUAUUUCGCAUUUGAAAUAUAUCGUUAAAAGUAUAUAAUAAUAUUGAAAGAGAUAAAGAAAUAAAAGAAAGCACAUUAACAUUCUAUAUAAUAAAUACAUAUAGACAAAUCCAUUGCGUUGAUCACAAUAUAAAUGCCUUUCGUCGAAAGAUUCGUACAAAUUCGUAAUUUUGUUAUGAACAUUUGUCUCGUCGAGGCAAUACAAUUUGUCCAGGACUUAACGCAUGCCAUUUGUUUGGACUUUCAAGGGCUCUUCAAUCUCAAAUAGAGUGGCGAACUGGUUCGCCAUCGAAAGGGCAAGUUUGCAGAAGACAAGUGUAAAUCGAUACGCCGAUAACAAAACCAAAACAACCGACAAUCGAUAAUC